AUGCUUCCACGAUUAGUACAAGUUGCAGAACUUCAAGGACAUUCUGAUAGAAUUUGGUCAAUUGCGUGGUCACAUACAGGAAAUAUACUGGCAUCAUGUAGCAGUGAUAAAACUAUCAGAUUAUGGGCAUUACAAAAACAACACGGAGAAAAAAAUAAUGAUGAUGAUUUAUUAUUGCAUUGGACAUGUGUUAAUGUGUUGGAAGGUGUUCAUAAUAGGACAAUAAGAAGCGUUAGUUGGAGCCCUAAUGGUAAACAAUUAGCAGCUGCUAGUUUUGAUUCUAAAACUACUAUUUGGGAAAAAGAUGAAGAAACUGGAGAAGGUCAUGAAAAUGAAACUAAAUCAGUUGCAUGGUCUUUAGCAGGAACAUUAAUUGCUACCUGUGGUCGUGAUAAGAGUGUUUGGAUAUGGGAAGCUUCUGAUAAUGAUUUUGAGUGUUUAAGUGUUUUACAAGAACAUACGCAAGAUGUUAAAAUGGUUGUAUGGCAUCCUACACAAGAAUUAUUGGCAUCAGCAAGUUAUGAUGAUACAAUUAAAAUAUGGAAAGAGGAUGACGAUGAUUGGUGUUGUGCUGACACAUUAAAAGGUCAUGAAAGUACAGUUUGGGGUCUUGAUUUUGAUAAGUCUGGUGACUUUUUAGGUAAAUCAAUAAAAUUCAAGUUGUCAGAUGAUAAAACAGUGAAAUUUUGGAAGACACACAAAAAAUCAAAUGAAUCAAACAACAACAAUAAUCCAGUUAUUAAUCCAAAUAGUACAAAUGAUAUAAAAUGGAAAAACAUUUGUACAUUAAGUGGAUAUCAUCAAAGAUGUAUUUAUUCAGUCAGUUGGUCAAAGAUUAAUGAUAGGGUUGCUACAGGAGGUGGAGAUAAUAAAAUUCAUAUUAAUUGUGUACAAUGGUCUCCUAGUGAAAGAUUUGGUAAUUUGUUGGCUUCUGCUGGUGAUGAUGGAGUUAUUAAAAUCUGGAAAUUUAUUGAAGAAUGA